UAAAUGUUUGCUGUUGAUUUAAUUCAGUGAUCUAUUUUUCAAGCUUUUCAUUAAUUCUCUUAUUCGCUCAGUCGGCCCAUCAUAUUUCUCUUCUAUAUCAUUGUAAAUACUAUUUAUUCAGCGUAAAAAAAAAUAUACGUUAUGAGUUAUAAAAUACUGCUGUGUUUAUUAAUUGGGACGGUAUCCGUGAUUGCUGAUCAAGUUUGUUAUGAAGAGUUGGGCUGCUUUGAUAAUGAGUACCCAUGGUUCACUUUAUUUCGUCCUUACCCUCUUCCGAAAUCCAGAGAAGAAGUCGACACUAAAUUUUUUUUCUCCAAUCGAGCCGUAAAUAAAAGUUUUGUCCAAACUUGGCCGUCGAUUGAAAUGAAUCCAGAAUUUGAUCCUCAGAAGCCCAUGUAUUUUAUUACUCAUGGAUAUUCAAGUGAUUCUAAUACCGCUUGGUUUAAAAAUUUAACGGAAGCAUUAUUAUUUAUGACAGAUGGUAACGUAUUUGCAGUAGAUUGGGCACAAGGGUCCUCGGGAUUUUAUUUCACAGCUGCCGCUAAUACUCGGACAGUAGCCGCCGAAAUUCGAAGAGUAAUUCAUUAUUUACAAGACAAUUAUUCCCUGGAUGUUCAAAAUGUCCAUCUACUGGGUCACAGUCUCGGCUCGCAUAUAAUGGGAUACGUCGGAAAAAAUUUCACGGAUCCAAAAAUCCAUCGUAUCACGGCUUUGGACCCAGCGCAGCCGGGAUUCCAGGGCAGGAACCCGGAGGUGCGGCUUGACAACACGGACGCCGAUUUUGUGGACGUGGUGCACACUGACGGGAAACCAUUUUUACCGUUUCUUGGUCUAGGAAUGACAUCAGGAGUCGGCGACGUUGACUACUUUGUCAACGGAGGCAAGUGGCAGCCAAACUGUCUGCUAGACGGCGAAUCUUUCCCUUACAAAUCUUUCUAUCAGAUUCCAAAAGUGACAAUAACUAUUUUGUACAAUCUGGUGACUUGCAGUCACACAAGGGCCCCGCGUUACAUGGCCGCAGCUAUAAAAGAGCCGUGUUACAUGUGGGCGUACCGUUACAACGCGACGACAGCAAGCUUACGAUGGACAGAUUUCGUCCUUGAAGACAAGUGCGAUGCCAAUUCAUGCUCUUUGAUGGGUUUAAGCGCUCCGCGGUUACCAGCACGCGGGAAUUUUGCUUUAGAGACGACCGGAACUUACCCUUUUUGCAAAGAUGAUGCCGAAACUGACAACGAAAUGAAAAGAGCAUUUUUGUAUUAGAAUAAAAAAUAAAGACAUAGUUUACGAGACAAUACAAUUAUAUUCAAAUAACAUGUGAACUGUAAAAGCAUAUUUGAAUACGUACAUUUCAAUAUAUAAAUAUAAUAUUAACUAGA